CACACAGCAGUAAGAUAGAGAGAGUGCAGACACAGACUCUCUCUCUUCAUUUAUCGAUAUUGACCCGUUUGAUAAUCGAACGUUAAAUCCACAGACAACCUGAGUUAGCUUAGCCCGGGAGCUACAGCAGAGGCUAGCAUGAUGGUGUGUGUGUGUGUGUGAAGGUUAGCUUGCAGCUAGCAGCUAGCACCAGCCCGGCGGAGAAAGAACAAGGAAGCGGACGUUAGCUGCUGCUGCUCUCCCUCUUUCUCUCUCACACACAGGCUAACGCUGCUAACUGUGUUUCUAAUGAGCCACCGAGGAACAUGCGACCUGAACCGAGGAGCUGACUUGUUCGGUGAUGUCGGGCAGUAAGGCACUGGGCGGGGGGGCAGGCGGUGGCGGCGCGAGGCGCAGGAGGACGCGGUGCCGGCGCUGCCAGGCCUGCACCAGGUCUGAGUGUGGAGAGUGUCACUUCUGUAAGGACAUGAAGAAGUUUGGAGGACCAGGACGCAUGAAGCAGUCCUGUCUGCAGAGACAGUGCACCGCUCCCGUCCUGCCUCACACAGCCGUGUGUUUCGCGUGUGGAGAGGCGGGGAAAGAGGACACUGUGGACUCAGAGGAGGAGAAGUUCAGCCUCUGUCUGAUGGAAUGUACCAUCUGUAAUGAGAUCAUCCACCCGAGCUGUCUGAAGAUGAGUAAAAGUGAAGGAAUCAUCAACGAUGAGAUUCCAAACUGCUGGGAGUGUCCAAAGUGCCACAAGGAGGGGAAGACCAGUAAGGAUCAGACUGAUGGUUUGGGGAAACGCAGACUGGAUAAUGGCGAGGUUGGUCGCUGGAAGCUCACAGAUGACCCGCCCCCUAAAAAGAAAGCCCCUCCCUCCCUGGAGGAGGGGGGGAGGGUGGACGGAGGACACAAGCGGAAGAAGGAGAAGGAGGUGCCUCAGGACAGCGGGCCCAAGAAGAAGGUGAACUCGCGUAGCAUUGGUGUUCACACCUGAUCCUGGUCCUCAAAACCUAAGCAAGAGGCGUUGGAGUCAAACGGUCCGACAUUGUCCUCUGUAGGCGGAGCUGGAGGACUGCUGGGCUCCUCCUUUAGAUCCUCAGCCGGAGGCAGUGGGGAGGGGGGGGAGGAGUGGGGAUGCUAUGCUCACCAGCGCUCCCAUCACCGUGAGAAACUGGAGCGUUUCAAGAGGAUGUGUCUGCUGGAACGCCGGCCUUCCUCCUCCUCCUCCUCCUCCUCCAGCUCCGAGUCAGAGUCUGAGUCCGACUCUGAUGACUCCCUGAGGGCGGAGCAGGGGGAUGGCUCCUCCCCCUCUUCCUCCUCCCCUGCUCCGCCUCCCCCUGUCGUCUAUGGCAACAGCAGUGGUAGCCGGGCAGAGAGAGAGAGGAGUCGUAGCGAUCGGGAGAGGGAGAGAGAGAGAGGGGCGCCUGGCGAGGCCUGGCUUCAGCCAGCCAGGGAGUCGGAGGGGGAGGGAGGCAAGGUGGGGGAGGAGGAGGAGCGGGAGGAGGAGACGGGAGGGGCCUACAAGGCUCCCAGUGGAGGAGAGGCGGGAUUAAAUCCACGGGGACGGAAAGUAGGCCUACAGGAUGGAGAUGAGGAGGACAUGCCCACCUUGGACAGGACCAGGAAAAACUCCUCCUCCCUCCCACCUCCCUCACCCCUCUCCUCCAAUCAGAUGCCUCCGUCAUUACAGCAUGACAGUUUCACGGGGAAGCAGCGGAGCAAUGGGCAGGAGGGGCCGGACGGGGCCGGGAGGCGUGGAGGUGGGGGAGGGAGGGAGAAGGAGAAUGCUAGUGGUCCUCUGACCAAUCACAGACACAGUGGGGGAGGAGGGGGUGGAGCUAAAGCCAGUGGGAGUCGUGGCAACAAGAUCCGUAGCAACAACAAGAUCCAGGCGGCAUCCAGAAACAACGUUUCCUCCUCAAGCGUCCGCACCUUUAACGGUGGAGGGCGCUUGAUGAUGUCGCAAUGGCGGCUCCCAGCGCGCCUGCCUCCCCCUCAGAUGAUGGCGCAGCCCGGCCGCGCUGCGCCGCCCGUCGUUCAGAUGGAGAGACACCUGGUGCGCCCCGCCCCCACCUGUCCAGAGCCCAGCUGUUUGCCGCUCGACUCAGGCUCCGCCCACAUCAUGACCCGAGACGUGUGGCUGCGAGUUUUUACCAACCUGAGCCAACGAGAGCUCUGCGUCUGCAUGAGGGUGUGUCGCACCUGGAGCCGCUGGUGUUGUGAUAAGAGGCUGUGGACACAGAUCGACCUGAGUCGUCAGCGCUCCAUCACCCCUCCUAUGCUCAGUGGUAUCAUCCGCCGACAGCCAGUGUCACUCAACCUGGGCUUUACCAACAUCUCCAAGAAACAGCUGAUGUGGCUCAUCAGCCGCCUGCAGGGUCUCCUGGAGCUGAACGUCUCUGGUUGUCCGUGGACAGUGGUCUCUGCCCUCUGUCAGUCUGUCUGUCCAUGUCUCAGACUGCUGGACGUCAGCAGAGUGGAGGACCUCAAAGACUCUCACCUGAGAGAGCUGCUGGCUCCGCCCCCUGACACCAGGACAGCUCACGGUGAAACCAGGGUGGGACGGUUCCAGAAUGUGACUGAGCUGCGUUUGGCCGGUCUGGAUCUGACGGACGCGUCGGCUCGUCUGCUCGUCCGCUUCGUUCCUCACCUGAGCAGAUUAGACCUGAGUCAGUGUGGACUCAUCACUGAUCACACCCUGCUCACCCUCUCCUCGCCCACCUCCCCCCUGAGAGAGAGCCUCACCCACAUCAGCCUGGCAGGUUGUGUUAAAGUGACAGACCAGUGUGUGGCGCUGCUGCGUCGCUGCACGUGUCUGCAGACCGUGGACGUGCGCUGCUGCUCGCUCUUGUCCUCAGAAAGCGCUCAGCUGAUCUUCUUCUCCUCGUCCACCACCGUUGCUGUUUCGUCCUCUUGUCCUCCUGAAGACAGAACGCUGCUAAAGAACAGCUAAACUCCUCCUCCAUGUCAUGUGACAGUGUGAAAGCCCUGCCUCCCACCAUGUUACACUACAGUAUGUAAGGAGGAGGAGUCAGUUGUGUGUAAAUAUCUGUAGUUGACUGUAAAUGAUCCUUUGACCUUUGAACCCAAACACAUUCUUGCCCUCCAGGCUUCCAUACCUGUGACCAAUCAUCACACCUGAAGCCCCGCCCCCACAGACAGUUUCACUCUGCUUUCAUCUUUUUUGCCAAGUGAGGCUAAACAUGCCUCUAAAGGGCGUGGCUUGUCUGUGGUUGUCAGGUGUGUUCUCAUGGGAAGACCCCGCCCACACUGCUAAGCGCCACUUUUGCUAUGGUUACACCUGUCAGUCAGGGCUUAAACCAGGAUAGUGAUGUGAUGUGGUUUUAUAUGUCAGGCCCCGCCCCCUGCAAUGCUGAUGCUUUAUCUCAAUACCUGCAGUCCGUCUGUGACCUUUACACAUUUACUCCGCCCACAAGAAAGAAAGAAAGAAAGACAGACAGACAGAUUCAAACACAUGAUCAAUGUUUUUUUAGCUUCUAUUUCAUUUGUGCCUCAACUGUGUGUGUGUGUGUGUGUGUGUGUGUUAUUAUUGAAUAAGCUAACUUUAUUGGGUUGCGUUCACGUUCAUAGAAACGUUUGUCUCAAGUACAAAUGUAACCACGGAAACACGAUCAAUGACUCAACUGAAGCUAAAACUGCUGAUGUCACAGUUUUGUUUACAACAGAGGAGUGUGCCCUCUGGUGGUGAGGUCACAGUCUCACAGCCGUCCUCGUAUGUCAGUGGAUCAUAAUACAGGAGGAUCAAUAAGAGAAUUGAUCUGUAUCAGUAUUAAUAAAAUACUAUCACUACACAUGCAAACUGCAUCACAUGAUCCACACACACACAGUUUCCUGGUCUGGGCUUCAGUUGUCAAAGUGCUUAAUGUGAAACUUAAAACCAGGAAGUGUGUGAUAAACCACACCCAUGUAUUUGUGAUGUUGGAGGUGGGGCCAACAUGAAACCAAACUAAGUGUUUAUUCAUAGCGUUGAAACGAUUGGUCAGUGUCUGAAGUGAAACUGACCACCACAGCUGUCACACAGUGUGGGUGGGCGGAGUCCGCAGACCUGUGGACGAUGACAUCACGGCGACACCGUGGUGAUGUCAUGCUGUUGCCAUGUUUUCACUCCGCAUCCAUGUUGUGCCAUAAAAUGACCUCUGCUCGUGUCACUGUGGAAACGUUACAUUGUUUUUUUUUCUUUCUUUUUUGUUUUUUUUUUACUGUGUCCUGUUAACAAUGUUCCAAACAUCACACGUGAGAUGAAAUGUGAUUGGCCGGCAGUGUCUGACUCCUGAAAGCUCUUAUCCAAUCAGAUGCCCUGACAUAUCUUAGUAAAGUGAUUGCACUGGAUCAUCGUCGUCGUUCUGAAGAGACUUUUGAACCAUUUCCUGUUUUGUUUUUUUGUUUGUUGUGACUCUUCCUCGUCUCCAUGGAAACGAACAAGGAAGACUGAACAAAAAAUGAAAAGAGAAAAAAAUCUCAAGGCAGCUAUAACUGAGAGAGAAACUACUGUAAAUGAUCUAAUAAAGGAGCAAUGUUUGUUUCUA